AGGAAGCUGCGCUCUGUUUACCUCUCAGUGUUUCCAUUCACGACAGCAGCAUCCUUUUUGUUUGCAGAAUCAGACUCUGUUAAACAGUAUGAACCCUCUCAGGGCUGCUCAUUGAGCUGAUGAUGUCCUCCUCCUUCAUCAAAGACUGAUCAUCAUGGCGUCCUCCAGCUACAGCUGCAAACAGGACAGCUCCACAGAGAAGGACCGGCUCCUCUCCCAGUUUGCCGGCUAUGGGUCCCGGGACCUCCUUGAGGCCCCUCGCCCCUCCUCUCUACUGGGCUCCGAGUCCCCUCAGAAGCAGGAGGGAGAGGAGGAGGAGGAGGAGGAAGAGGAGGAGGAGGCGCUGAGGAGGAAGCUCAAGUACUUCUUCAUGAGCCCGUGUGACAAAUAUCACGCCAAGGGACGCAAGCCGUUCAAAUUGGGCCUGCAGCUGCUGAAGAUCAUCAUCGUCACCGUGCAGCUGGUGCUGUUUGGACUGAGUAACCAGAUGGUGGUGACGUUUAAGGAGGAGAACACGGCGGCGUUCAAACACCUUUUCCUGAAGGGUUAUCAGGACGGAGCUGCUCAGGCCGUCCACACGCAGACGGAGCUGUACAGCCGCAUUCACUAUGUUGUCGAGCAGUACAUGGCUCUCCCUGAGAUCUCACUUGGGCAGUAUGCAUAUGUUAUGGGCACCGGGGAAAAUGGAAGUGCGCUCUCCCUCUGCCAGAGGUUCUACAGGAAGGGAACCAUCGACCCAUCCAACGACACCUUCGACAUCGAUCCCAAUGUGGACACCGAAUGUAUUGGACUGAAUCCACUGACCAGUAGAGGAAACAUUGACUACAGGAAUUUCACUCUCAAGUUUUACAAGCUGAUCAAUGUCACAAUUGACUUCCAGCUGAAGGCCAUCAACAUUCAGACCAUAAUAAACAAUGAAAUCCCCGACUGCUACACCUUUGCUAUCACGAUCAUCAUGGAUAACAAGGCUCACAGCGGCAAAGUGAAGAUCCACCUGCAGAACGAGGCGUCCAUCAAGGAAUGCAGAGACCCCAACGUGUCCGGACACGCGGAGAGUUACGCUCUGGAGUUUUUCGACGUGUUGGUGGCCUUCGUGUGUCUGCUGUCCCUUUUGCUGUGCGGACGCUCCGUCCUCAGAGGCAUCCUGCUGCAACACGAGUACGUGCAGUUCUUCAAACACAGACUGAUCCGCAGUGUGAGCUGGGGAGACCGGAUGGAGUUCAUCAACGGCUGGUACCUCCUCCUCAUCAUCAGCGACACCUUCAUCAUCAUCGGCAGUUUCAUCAAAAUCAGCAUCGAGUCCAAGAACUCAUCCUCGUACGACAUGUGUGGGAUCCUGCUGGGAACCUCCACUCUGCUGGUGUGGGUUGGAGUCAUCCGCUACUUCAGCUUCUUCCAGAAAUACAAUAUCCUGAUCGUGACUCUCAGAGCUGCGUUUCCUAACGUUAUCCGCUUCUGUUGCUGUGCAGCAGCCAUCUAUAUGGGCUACUGCUUCUGUGGAUGGAUUGUGCUGGGGCCCUAUCAUGCCAAGUUCCGCUCCCUGUCCACGGUGUCAGAGUGCCUCUUCUCUCUGAUCAACGGAGACGACAUGUUUGUGACGUUCGCUGCGACGGAGCAGAGCGGCACUCUGGUGUGGAUCUUCAGCCAGGUCUACCUCUACACUUUCAUCUCGCUCUUCAUCUACAUGGUGCUGUCGCUCUUCAUUGCUCUCAUCACCGGAGCCUACGACACCAUCAUGGCUCAGACGAAGGAGCAGGUCCGAGUCUCCGCUCUGCACGAGUUCAUCGCAGAGUGCACCGACACGCCAUGCUCCGGGAAGUUCCGCGGACCCGAAGGACCUUCAUGCUCCUUCCUCUGCUGCUGCGAGUGGUGAGGAGGAGGAGGAGGAGGUACAAAGUGAGUAAGCAGUGUGUGUGUGUGUCUCUCUCUCUCUCUUAAAAGCACUAUAUUUCCAGUGACAGCUUCAAACACCCAGCAGGGACUCUGAAUGCUUCCAUAGAGAGGAUAUCUUGACCUUGAACACUCUGUCCUCUGCUGUCUGAAUUUUUUUAGCAUUUAGAUUUGUCCAGGAACGCCUGAACGCACCCCAAAAGCCCAAUUACCUGCUCGGGCUUUUGUACUGUAUGAAUAAUGUAUGGUCUCUUUGUGAAAUGUCAGUUUGUCAGAGCUUUGAUGACUACAAGAAUAAUGCCAGUAAACAUAUUUGUCGCUGUAGAGUGGAGGCACACCUUCACUCCAACACACAUCAUCCUUUCAGUGUUCACACGCCUCUUGAAUAUUUAAAUAUGUGUUCAAAUUUUCAUAGGGAUUAUUAACCGCUGUGAUUUUAGCCUCUCCAACGAUUUCAGUUUCAAGGUUGUUCCUCCACUCCUCUUUUUUUAAAUUAUUUGCUCUAUUCACGUCCUCCUCUGGCUGGAGGAAGAGGAUGGUUUCUCGAGGAAGGACUAGUUAUCAUCAACAUGUAUGAAGUGUUAUUGCUGUAAAGAGCCAGGUGACUAAGCACUGAGACACUCUUUAGUGCUGCGUUCAAGGCUGCAAAAUAAUAUUCCUUUAGAAAAUCUGCAUUUAAACAGAUUGUCAGUGAGCUGCACAUCGAGAGUUGAGGGUUUCAAUUAUUUAAAGCUCUUGUUCUGUCUAUUUAAAUAUAAAGAAGUUGUUAAACCUUGUUUAAAAAACAGCUUUUGAUAGUGUGCAGGAAAUGUAUCGAAACAAAAUGUGUUUUUCUGCAGCUGCCUUGUCACUUUUAACCAAUGCUCGAGUAGUUUAAAGGGAAACUUCAUUCACAACAAGACCAUUUCUAUAUCCAUUUCUCUCACAGUUUGCUCCACAAUGAACAAUGAAUCCAAAAUACUUAGACAUUUCUUGGUUCAGUGAAGAAAAUGCAUUUAAAAACAGGAAAAUGAUAUCAAAACAUCCAUCUGUGGAGUUUAAUCCCCGUAGUAUUUAUCUAUUCCUAUGCUCGUUACUUAAGAAAUACAUAAUUUCUGUCUAGAAUAUUACUAUUUAAAACCCCUCCGCAUAAACCGACCAGACUUGCUGAGUCAUGCUACGCCUCCUUCUAGAGGUUUUAAUCAAAAGUCAUGUGUUUGUGAAGAGGUUUGCAUACAAAGUCAACUGUUUUAAUAGUUUUACUGUAAAAUCAGCCUCGUUUUAGAUCGAUUAAUUAAGAUGUAUUUGGAUUAUUUGUUCAUCUUGGAGCAAUCGAAGAAAAGCAACCUUUUUUGUUAGAUUUCAAGGUAAUGAAUUGAUAGAUAAUGAUCAUUUUGUCGGUGAAAUAUCCCCUUUAGUCAAUUUUUUACCAAGUAUGUGUUUAGGCUUUGUAGGGUGAAGCUAUGGCAUGUUAGGAGUGAUAUUUUACAUAAUGUGUCAGACUUCCCUGACCUUGAAGCCAGUUUGAAAGCUUAAUAGCUUUUUACAUUUUCAGUAAAUGAAAAAGGGUAUUUCUGCAAACCAGCAAUUCUUCAUUGAACCUUUUUUAAAGAACUAAUAAUAUUCAGAAUAUCCUCUAACACGAGCAGACUGAUUUGAUUCACGCACAUGAAGGGUGCUGUUUAAUGGAAGAAGGGACUUUCGCUGCGCAACAUUUCAGGACUGAAGGGCACUUUUGAAUUGUUAUGGAUGUAACUUAUAUGAAUGAAUUUUGUUUACAAUCACAACAGCUGUUUACGCUUUAUGAAUAUUAAUCAACGUUUACUUAUUUGCACCUUAUUAAAGCUGAUUGACUUGAUUAAAAUGUCACUCUGAUUUUAGGUUAACAGUGUUUUAUUUAAAGUAUUUUCCUAUAUGCUGUCUUAAUUAUUUUUUACUGUUAUUAUUUUAGUAUUAGUUUCUGUAUGGAAGGCAUUUUUUAACGAUCAUUUUUAUUAAUGAUUUCCCGUAAAGCUGUUGCCAUCGGAAUGAAAAUCCAUUUCAUGUUAAAUAAACUGGAAAGACUCCAACAUUGUGUCAAAA